AUAAAGAGCAUCACUUCAAUCUUAAAAACCAAUACUUUCUUGUUACUACUACUUCUAGUCGUUACAACUUUAAUGUCUUUGCCUUUAUAAUAAAGAAAAAACCAACACCAACAGCAACAUAAGUCAUAAACAAUACUACAAAUUACUCGCUUCCUUGUUAGAAAUGCCAACUAUUUUGCUUAGAAUUUUCCUUUUAUACAACGUUGUCAAUUCAUUUCUCAUUAGUCUUGUUCCUAAGAAACUUAUAACCUUCUUCCCUCAUUCUUGGUUCACUCAUCAAACCUUAACCACACCUUCUUCCACAUCAAAAAGAGGUCUUGUUUUUACCAAGACAAUAACAAUGGAUCCAAAUGAGCUCAAACGUGUUUUCCAAAUGUUUGACCGCAACGACGAUGGCCGUAUAACAAAGAAAGAGUUGAAUGAUUCCUUGGAGAAUUUAGGAAUCUUCAUCCCUGACAAAGAGCUGAGUCAAAUGAUCGAGAAGAUUGAUGUGAACCGAGAUGGGUGUGUGGACAUAGAGGAAUUUAGAGAGUUGUAUGAGUCAAUUAUGAGUGAACGUGAUGAAGAGGAGGAAGAAGAUAUGAGGGAAGCAUUCAACGUGUUUGAUCAGAAUGGUGAUGGAUUCAUUAGCGUUGAUGAGUUGAGAUCGGUUUUGGUUUCGUUGGGAUUGAAACAAGGAAGAACAGUUGAAGAUUGUAAGAAGAUGAUAGGAACUGUUGAUGUUGAUGGAAAUGGUUUGGUUGAUUAUAAGGAGUUUAAGCAAAUGAUGAAGGGUGGUGGAUUCACUGCUCUCAGUUAGUUAACUCUUGUUCUUUGCCUCUGUGUCGGGGUUUCAACGUUGAUUUCUAUUCCCACGUUGUAAAUAAUAAGUGUAUUAGGAUUCAGAUGGAAUGUCUUCAUCUAUGUGUUUUGUACUAGGCAUUUUACUUUAUUUUUUGCUUUCUUUUUGUUCUUAUUUUUUUCCCAAUCCCAAGUUGUUUGGGUGGUUAGUAUGGAAAUGCAUGGCUAGCUGUUAUUACAGUCAAUGAUCUCAGACGUUUUGAGAUUUCAAGUUAUUGAUUUGUCGAAGUUGUGAAGCCGUGGAAUCUCUAUCCAACAUCUAAGAUUGGCUCAGUGCAAUGAAUCUGAGUAGGUUAACUGGCUUGACAAGACUUAGUUCUGCCCAGGUACUACUAAUGGAUGUUUUGAAGGGGGAGGAAGGUAAUUGCAAUGGAGGACACACAACCAUUGUGAGAAAAAAGUGUGUUUUCUUUCUUUUUCCCUAGGUUUUGGGUCUAGGUUUGAUUCUGUUUUAAUAUGUAAUGUAAACUUCUGUUUUAAGAUUUUUUUUCUUCAAGAUUUACCUUCCCUUUUAUUGAA